UACAAUUUUUAUGAAUAUUAUAUACUUGCAAAUUUUAUUUUUAUAUUCUUAAUAACUGAAGUUUAAUAUGUAUUUAUUCAUUGUUUUAUGAAUAGGCAUUUUCACCUAAUUUGAAAUACGUAGUGUCUGUAGGAACCCAACAUGACAUGAUUGUUAAUGUAUGGGAAUGGAAAUCAAAUGUCAAGAUAGCUUCAAAUAAAGUUUCUUGUAAAGUUAAAGCCAUAUCAUUUGCAUCAAGUGGAAAUUACUUUGUUACAGUAGGAAACAGACAUGUCAAAUUUUGGUAUUUAGAAUAUUCACGCUCAACAAAGUAUAAACUUGAACCAGUUCCACUAAUGGGAAGAUCAGCAAUAUUAGGAGAUCAGAGAAAUAAUUAUUUCUGUGAUGUCUCAUGUGGACGAGGCGACAUGGCAGAUAGCACCUAUGCAAUUACUAAAUCUGGAUUGUUAUGUGAAUUUAAUAGUAGACGGUUACUUGACAAAUGGGUUGAACUUAGGACUUCUAGUGCCAACUGUAUAUCUGUAGGAAAAGACUAUAUUUUUAUAGGAUGUGCCGAAGGAGUUGUGAGGUGCUUUAAUCCUUUUAAUCUUCAAUUUUUAUGUACUCUUCCUCGUCCUCAUUAUUUAGGAAUAGAUAUUGAUAAAGGAUUGCAUGGAAGACAAUUAAAUCCACCCACAUCUGGUGCAAGAUUUCCCAAUGCUAUAGCAAUUUCUUUGGAUGAAAAAAAUAAAAAGGUUACUUGUAUAUAUAAUGAUCACAGCAUGUAUAUUUGGGAUAUAAAGGAUAUGAAAAAAAUUGGGAAAAUUCAAUCAUUCCUUUAUCACAGUGCAUGUAUUUGGGGAGUAGAAACUUAUCCAGAUGUUUCCUCAACUUCCAAAAACGUUCUUCCCAAAGGAACAUUUCUUACAUGCUCUAGUGAUGAUACAAUAAGAAUAUGGAAUUUUGAAAAUAAUUUAAGUCCCGAAACAUUUUAUCAACGUAAUAUUUAUAGUUUUGAGGAUAUCAAUUCUCUUAUGACAUUUCCUUUUGUAUAUGCAAUAAACAAUAAACAAUAUUCAAAUUUGGCAGCCUUAAAAUGCUAUCAGACUCCAUGUGAGAAGCAUCACAUAUCUCCUGCAUCACUAAGUCCUGUACAAAUAAAAUGCCUGUUGCUUGCAGAGCCAAAAGGCCAUAACGAUAAGUUUCAAAUAUAUGAUUUGCAACAAAUGGAAGAAUUAUGUAAAAUUGAAGCUCAUGAUGCAGAAGUCUUGUGUUUGGAAUAUUCAAAGCCAUUUGGAAUAGAUUGCAGAUAUCUUGCUUCGGCAAGUAGGGAUCGUUUGAUUCACGUAUUCGACGUCAAUCAAGAUUAUGGCUUUCAGCAGACAUUAGACGACCAUUCGUCUUCCAUUACUGCAGUACGUUUCGUUCAGAAUCACAGCCAGUUACAAAUGAUAUCGUGUGCUGCAGACAAGUCAAUUAUAUUCAGACGAGCUCAGUUUACACCUCAGUUAAAUUUUGUGAGAGAACAUCAUGUUGUUGGAAAAACUACUCUCUACGACAUGGAAGUUGACUCGCAACAACGUCAUGUUCUAACCGCAUGCCAAGAUCGAAAUAUCCGCGUUUAUAAUGUCAACGGCGGAAAACACAGUCGGUGCUUUCGUGGUUCUCAGGGAGAAGAUGGUACUUUAAUUAAGGUAGUUUUAGAUCCAUCUGGAAUGUAUCUUGCUACCAGUUGUACAGAUAAAUGUCUAUAUAUUUAUGACUUUUUUAGUGGAGAAUGUUUAGCAUCUAUGUUUGGUCAUUCUGAACUAGUCACAGGAUUGAAAUUCACAAAUUGCGGAAGAUAUCUUAUUUCGGUUUCUGGAGACGGGUGCAUUUUUUUAUGGAAACUACCAAUAGAAUUAACUCAAGCAAUGCAGAAUAGGCAGAUGUGUAUCGAUUCUUUACCUAAUUUAUCGCAAGAUAACAAUCGAAAAACUGCCGUUGCAAUAACAAAACCGGUGCAAGUGGUUGAGAAACUAGAUGAAAAAAGUGAAGUUCCUUUCUUACCUUCUCAAUUGAUUGAACCAAAUGAUGAAUUUUCUCCUAAGUACAGAUUUAGCAUGGGUCAGUUACCUUCAUGGGCAAAAAAACAGAUGUUGGAUGAAUCAAAAAAUGAUGUAUCAAAAUCAGAUCAGCAGUCUCAACAGAUACUACAGCCCAGAGGAAGAUGGGCACAGAGAUUAGAUGAAGGAGGUUUAGUUGUUAGAUCUUAUCUAAAUUCAGAUUCUGUUAUACCAUAUCCGAAUAUUCAAGAAAAUUCUCAAGUGGAAAAUAUGGAUUUUAACGAAGAUACAAAUCAGUAUUUAAAUGACGACGGUAGUUUCCGUGUUUGUCCCGAAAGUAUUGAAGAAAUACAAAUGGAAAAGUUUCCGCAGAUAUCCAAUGGACAUGUUAAUUUAUAUCACGAUCAAAAUAAACAUCAUUCUUCUAAUGAAAAACAAGAAUUGCACACUUCUCGUGUGCAAACUGAUUCAAGUAGUACUAGUAGUUUACAAUUAGAGGAUGUGGAAGCCGAAGAUGAACGGUCAGAUGCUGAAAUUCUGGACGGAGAUGAAAUUUUAUAUUAUCCUGAAUCAUAUAAUUCAGAAAUAAAUGAUAGCUCCUUUAGAAUAUGUGCAACAAACAGUGAACAAAUGCAUUUGAAAGAUCAAAAGAAGUUGGAGAAACUGACUGUUAUACCAAAUAUAAAUAUAAAUAUUCAAGAACCGGAAACACACAGCGAUGAAGAUGAACCAGGUACUCCAGUCGAUAACGAUAGAACAUUUGCUAUUUUAAAUAUGAGCACAGAAAAUUUAGAUAAACUUGGACAGAGAGAACAAUUCAUGAAAAGUAAUUAUGAAAGUUUAGAAAAGAAUUCAGAUUCAGAUACUGAAAGAGACUUUGAUGAGAAAAGUCACUCUCUUCUGCCAAGAUACAGUAUUUCUGCUAGAUUUUUAGCAAAAUCUCUACAAACUAUUCCUAGAAGAUCUAAUGAUAUGAAUUCCAGUCAAUCACACUUAGAACAUCAGAGUAAUUUAUUAUCGUCAAAGAAAAGAGAAGAAUUAAAUAAGGCACUUGGAGAAGCAAGAAAGAAAUUAGAAACGCUGGGAUGGAGAGGAGGAUUAAGUUCGAGCAAAAGUAUUAGCGAUCUUCAUAACAUUCCUAAUAAAGAAUUACAUUUUUCUGUUUUUUCUAAAGAGAGAAAAGAAGGGUUGAAAGGGGAUAUUAGAAGAGCUUCCUCUCUAAAUGAUCUUUCUAUUAUUUCUUCAUCAAGAAUUCUUCCCACAUCUCCGUUAAAAACUCCUAAAAUAUCUGCACCAUUAUGGGACCAAAUGGAUACUAAAACAACCAAAGAAAUCUCCAAACCUCAUAAUCAAAGAAAAAAAGUGAAAUCAAUGCAAACUGUCACCACUACUAUUUCGAACAGAAAAUUGUCAAGAAGCGCAAGUAUGAGUUCUCUCCAACCCAUUUCUCCAAAAUUACAACCUGUGGGAUCAAAAACAUAUAUGAGAGAGAAAGUCAUAUCAAGGACUAAUUAUAAUCCAUUAGUUAGAGCAUCAUCAUCAUCCAACAUAAUCACUUCAAUCAAAGUCAAUUCUUCCACCUUCCCAUCUAAUAAAUGUGUUAGUAAUUUAAAUAUUUCCAAAUCAUCAUCAGAUUCUUCCUCUUCGGAUAAUUCUCCGAUAGAGGUUAAAAGAAGUCUUCCUCCCACUCCUUCACCCCUACCUCGACAGAAAAGCCUUGUGAUCGGAGAAGUAACCAAAAAUAAGCUCCCUUCCAGUGAAACCAAAUAUGAAAAUAGUGGUAUAUUAUCCCAUUCGAAAAGUGAAUGGGAUAUAACCAAAGCUCAUCAAGAAAGAAGGCAUUCCUCGGGAAGACUGAUUCUCGACAAGUUAGAUGUUUCCAAUAGGAAAAAGCAGACAAUUAACAAUGCUAUGGAUAGCAAUUAUGUAAGGACUAAUUCGGCAACAGUGCGAUCAUUGGAUGUUUCAUCAGUACCACUGACACAAGAAUUGUGUGAGAAAAUAGCAGAGGAACUGAAAGAAGUAACAAUGUACUCCAUGCAAGUAUUCCAGAGGUUAUCUAUGGAUACUACUAUUUCUUCGAGUGAAAAGUCCGCCAUGACCACUAUUCUGGCACAGGGAGUGUGGCAAGCUCAGCAGAAUCUACGACCCGCCAUUCCUCCCUUUCCGAUGUGGUCGUCGUCCUCGAAAACGCUAGAAUUAAGCUAUCAGAAUUCCUUUAGAACUUCUAGUCAAAGUUCGGACGAAAGACUAAGUAGUCCGGCAAUCCAGCAGGAGCCGUUUAACGCUAUUCUCCUGUUACAAGAGUACUCCGAUAAACUCCUCAGUUUGGUUGAGCAACGAAUUGGCAACAGUGGCCAGAAAUCUAGUUAAUAGAAAUAUAUUACAUUAUUAUUAUUAUUAUUUUUUGUUUUGAUUUUUUUCACAAUAUGAUAUAUAAGGCCAUUUUGUUUCAAUUGUGAAAUUCAAUUGUGGGUAAGUUAUCCAUCUCCUAUUUCUCUCUGUGAUUUGAACAUUUGAGUAUGAUCAUGUUACCUACAAUUAGUGAUAUUUAAUUCAAACAUUCCUCCUUUUUCUUUGGGAAAAUUAUAUUCAACUUUCUCCAGAAUUGAAAAUCAGUAUUUGUUUGAGGUAAUUAUACAAAGUGCCAAUAUUACUUUUUGGACAGAAAGUAUGUACAUAGAUUUGUAAUGAAAAGUGUCUUCUUUUUUCAAUAUUGUAGAAAUUUCUGUAGUUGAUUGACAAUAAAAUAUUUUUGAAAUGUAUUUGUAUUCUCAAA